CCAGAGUGCACCGCGGCUGACCCCGCCUCUUCCGCUUAGCUCUCUCGCGUGGGGUGCGCCUGCAGCCGGAGCAAGAGAAAGGAGCCAUGAGGCUAUCGGCCGUCCUUGCCAUGGCCGAGAAGUUCGUGCCGUGGCCUGGCUACCGCUACGGCAUGAACCGGCCCGGAUCCUUUGCCGACAAGAUCAAGAACCCCCCUGGGACUCGACGGAAGAAGAUCUUUGUGGAGCCCUUGAAGGAGGAGGACUGGAAGGUCUUCAAGGGUGACAUGGUCCAGAUCUUGAAAGGGAAGGAUACCGGCAAGCAAGGCCAGGUGGUGCAAGUCAUCAAGGAGCGGAACUGGGUCGUCCUGCAGGGCCUGAACGUGCAUUACCGCUACCUGGGAAAGACCAGCACCCACCCGGGGAUCUACAUACCCAGCGAAGCCCCACUGCUGCUGCGAGAGGUGGCCCUCAUCGAUCCCACAGACAGGUAUGAAUCUGGGUUGCUGCGUGUUUUCCGGGCUGUCUGGCCAUGUUCCAGAAGCAUUCUCGGGGUGGGUACUUUCCCACAUCCAUCCCCACAAGUUGCUAUGAGAACUAUCACCUUAGAGGUAAAAAGUCACCUUCAGAGUGCAAAGAUGGGCUCAUGUUUUUGUCUCUUUUCUCCUGCUGCGUUCCACCAAGACGGCCCUAAGGACACCUCGGUGGAGGACGCCUUGGAGAAUACUUACACCCCGUCCUUGAAGACAUUCCAAGAGGAAAUCAUGGAGAUGAAGGGGAUCGUGGAGACGCGGCGCUUCCGGAAGUCCUACUGGUAUUAGCACUCCUCUUCCGCCUCCCCGACCGGGACGGUCACGCUUUGGACCUAGAGACUGCUCAGGAGCUCCAUCCUUGAAGGCUCUUCUCCUUUUCUCCUCCGAGUCCCUGUUCUCCAGAAUGGAAAUUAUACCGGUACUCUCCCAUAUUUCAGUCUGGAGUUUUAUCAACGGGAAGUUGUGCCUUUUGUAAAAAUAGAGUCUGGAUCAUCCAGGGAGAAGUAUGCUCUGAUACAGAUUUCCAGGAGGCCUCUCUUGGAAGAGGAGAUGUUUCAGAAGUCCAGACCUAACUAGGUCUAGCUAUUCGUGUCCCUUCGCCUGGACAUCUUCCAUAGGGAGAUGGAACUCUCCUUCGUCUGUAUUACGUUUCCAUUGCCAAGGGUGGGGAAUGCAGCAAAAUAAAAAUAGAUACCAAUAAAAUUACAUUAAUUGAGGCAUCAGUAGGUUAAAUACUUGCGUAUAAGCCGAGAAUAUAAGCCUAAUUUCCCAAAAAAAUCUGGGAAAACGUAUUGACUCGAGUAUAAGCCGAGGAUGGGAAAUGCAGCAGCUACUGGGAAAUUGCAAAAUAAAAUAGAUACCAAAAAU